UUUCGCACGCCUUGGAGGGAGAACAACAGACAGAGAGAUGGCUUCGCAACAACAGCCAGAACAGCAGUAUGAACUAUGGUUCAAAAUCCUCCUUGUUGGAGCCGUUGCUGGCAAGACCAAUUUGAUGGUGCGAAUGAUUGAUGACCAUUUUCAAGGUUCCAACAAGCACACCAUGGGCGCCGAUGUUGGGCUCCGACUGCUUGAGUUUCACGGCAAACAAAUCUACCUGCAAUUAUGGGAUACGGGUGCAAACGCUUCGUAUUCGAGUCUCAAGCGAAUUUAUUUCAAACAUGCACGGGGUGCCUUCCUCGUCUACGACGUCACGGAUCGCUCUACCUUUCGCGGAAUUCUUGAAACCUUACAAGCAAUACGCGCGUUUGCGGAUCCCAAGUGCUGCGUGGCCCUGAUUGGAAACAAGUGCGAUCUCGAACACCGCCGAGAAGUGUCGUUUGAAGAAGGCCAGAGGUUCGCGAUGGAGAAUGGCCUCGUGUUUUUCGAAACGAGCGCGAAGACAGGCGAAAAUGUGGAAAAAGCAUUUCAGGAGCUCACAGCUCGCGUGGUGCAUCGGCUCGAAACAGAAGAUCCACCAGCUGCGACACUGCACGACGCUUGCCGACAAGAUACAACAUUCAACAGGUUCAACGCUGUGUCGAGAUUGCUCCACCUUGGCCAGGAUCCAAACAGGCGCGAUAGUCAGGAGAGGCUUCCUCUACACAUUGCGAGCGAAAGCGACGCGUCUGAUGUUGUGCAGCUGUUGCUCAAGCACAGCGCCGAUAUCAAUGCAAAGGAUAAAGAGGGAUGGACGGCCCUCCACUACGCCGCGUUCAACGACCGUGCGGAUGUCGUGCGCAUACUCCUGGAACAGGGCGCUGACACCACCAUCAAGCACCGCUUUCUGUUCGGCAAGACGGCUCUUGACCUCGCUGUCAGCCGUGGGCACAGUGAUGUCAUUAAGCUGCUUCGCAACCCGCAGGCUGUGCAAGCACGACCACCAUCUUCACCACAACCUGCAUCCCUCCAUGAUGCCUGCAAGCACGGUGACACUGCGCGUGUGUCUGCACUCAUUGACAAAGGCAAUGUGGACGUAUCCGAACAGGAUACGCAGAGCGAUACACCGCUGCAUGUUGCCUGCAGGCACAAUCACGCCGCUGUUGUGCAGCUGUUGCUGCAGAAAGGCGCCAACAUCACCACAAAGAAUAACAAGGGUCAGACACCUUUGGAUGUGGCAAAGGCAAGCGGUCACAAAGCCAUUACAUCCAUGACAGCGCUCCAACCCACAACUGCCACGACACCAAGCAGCGACAGCGACCAGCAACCACCUGAAGAUAGAGAUGAGAAGGGAGAUGAAGAGGACCCGGCCACGGGUGAAUUGGACGAUGAGACGCAAGCCAGAUUACAGCAGGAGAAGGCAAAGGAAGCGUACGUGGCAAACGUGAGGCGGAUCAUGCAGGAGAUUGCCGAGCGGUGCGACCAGCAGAUGGCGGGGCGGGCAAAGCUGAACUUGGUUGGCCAGGGCCGUGCGGGGAAGACGACAACGCUCCGCUCUCUUCGGGGCUUGGGCUUCAAUAAGGACGAGCACUCGACCAAAGGCGCUGCAACGCACGACAUGAAUGUCACCGUGGAUUCCAUGGACGUUUACCAAUGGAAGGCUGUGACUGGCUUUCUGUCUGAGGUUGCGCGGAGCCUGCGGGACACGGCGCUGGCGCAGGCGGGCGGUAUGGACGCGGUGAUGCGGAUGAAGAUGGAGGAAGCACAUAGGCUGCGGGAGGAGCGCGUUGCACUGCAGCUCGUCAGCGAGACGGAAGCAGACGCACCGGUGGCGGCCAAAGGGGAUGUGCAUGGUGAUGAAGCUGGUCUUGAUGCAUCCGGUGAGCAGGUGCUGGCGAGCGGCAAUGAACUUGGUGCACAUGUCGUUGAUGAUGACGAUGAUGACGAUGAUGAUGAUUAUGAUGAUGACAGUGACGGUGGUGGAACUGAGACUGCUGAUGCUGCUGAGCCCACAUCAGCGUCAUUGCCAUCGCCACCCGCACUCGCAGCAUCGUCUGCAGUGAUGACUGCCGGUAUGGGAACCGUGCCCAACAUCUCAACUGAGGAGAUUGAGAACGCGAUCAAGGAUCUGAAUCUGGACACGACGUUCGGGGAGGGCAACGCCAGGGUGACGUUCAAAGUAUUUGACCUGGGAGGCCAGUCCACCUUCUACAUUUUCCACCCUUUCUUCCUCACCAAGUACGCGGUGUACCUGCUGGUGUUCUCGAUGGAGGACCUGCUGCACCAAGACGAGAGCAAGCGGGCAGAGACGUGGGAGUUUAUGGAGCACUGGUUGUCUUCCCUCCACCUUCACGCCAAGGGCGCACCCGUCCUCAUCGUUGGCACCUUCGCUGAUGUGGUCAGCAAGCGUAAGCAGCACGAGAACAUCUCGCGUGACAUCUACAGCCGCCUGCGCCACAACCCGGCGUUCCCUGGCGUCAUCCACAACGACAAGCAUGGUCUGUGGUUCUGGCCCGUCGACAACACCAAGUCCAUCCGUGAUCCCAUGAUCCAGGACCUGCGCCAGACCAUCUCCUCCACAGCACUGGCGCAGGAGUACGUGAGCCAGGAGGUGGCUGUGCCCUACCUCCACCUCUACGACAAACUCCACGCCAUCGCCCGCGACGAGAAGCGACCGCUGCUCACCUUUGACGACGUCGUGGAUAUUGCGCGCACGUGUGGGCUGCGCACACGCCAGGAGACAAAAGCCUGCCUGCAGUUCCUGCACCUGUACUCGAUGGUGCUGUACUACGACCACGUGCCAGGCAUGGAAAACUAUGUGAUCCUGAGUCCGCAGUGGGCCGUGGACACGAUGACGCGCGUCAUCCGCAACUUUGACUUGCACCGUGACGAACGUGAUUGGGAGGCGAGGGCCGUUGGUGCGCAGCUGUGGGACGACUUAGUUGAUCGCGGCAUCCUGCACCGUCGUCUGCUGGAGGUGCUGUGGAAGGAUGUACGAGAUGACUUGAUUGAGCCCUUUCUCCAACUCAUGAUGGAGUAUGGGUUGUGCAUGGACUACACACCGCCCAGAUCAGCAGAGAGCAGCGACAGCAGCAGCGACAACUCUGUACAUCAUGAUGAUGAGCAGCAGCGCGAACACCAGCAGUAUCUGGUGCCUGCCAUUCUGCCGAUGGUGUUGGACACGCCAUCAGACCUGCCUUCGUCCGUGACGUUGAGCGUGUGCGCAGCACAACACGUGCACAAGUACGCUGGGCACGAGCCCAACACGGCCUACAUCAGCUUCCGCCUGACCCCGCGUGCUUCCGAUGCCCACGUGAGUGCCGAGGACAUGCAGCGAACAUCAUUCUUUCCCGAAGGCUUGUUUGCCGUGGUGCUGGCCCAUGUCCUGAGAUACAUUCAACCCAGCACCUCAUCCACGCCCAUGUUGAGCCGCACCCACGUGGUUGUGUUUGUUGGCGAAGCCGAGGUUGAGCUGCAGCUUGUGCCGGCUGUAGGCGGGAUCAAAAUCAAGAUUGCACAAGCACGUCCUCGCGCGCUGCUGCACAUGCUUUGUGACAUCAUCGUUGAAGCCAUCAGGCAGCGCUAUCAUGACCUGAAGCCUUAUGUCCUGCUGCCACAUGACGACAAGACGCUGCUGUUCUUUGAGGACGUGCGUCGUCACCACAACAACAAGAGGGCACUUCGUGUUGGCCGCUCACAACUCUUGUCACCCGACGAUCUCAUCGCCAAGUACGGCCCUCUCCUGCCCGUCCUCGGCCUGCAGGAAAAUUACGAUGUCUUCAUCAGCUACAGGCAACGCGGCAACCGAGGUCUGGUGCUGACGUUGCACCCAAAGUUGGAGCACCACGGCUUGGUGGCCUUCGUGGAUGUCAACAACUUGGAAACAGGCGUCAACUUCAAGCACGCGUGCUUGACAGCUCUUCAGCACAGCGUGGUCGCCUGCCCCGUUUUGUCUGUCGCUGCAAUCCAUCAGAUGCGCUCGCUCGGCGACACUGACACGUGCGACAACGUGUUGCUGGAGUGGAUGGCAAUGUUGGAGCUGCAGCAGCUGGCGCACAAGCACCCAGACAAGAUCCGCCUCCGUCGCAUCGUCCCUCUCUUUCUUGGCAGCGGCUGGCACGACAGCAACCAUACCAUGAGUGUGGCGUCGGCGAGCGAGUACGAUUCGCCCGAGUACAUGAAGCGGCUGGCAGAGUCGCUGCCGGAUGUUGUGAGUGAGAAGACUGCAGCAUCCCUCGAUCAGUUCUUCACGCAGGUGCUGCACCUGCCGCCACCACAACAGCACAAGACCGUGCGCGAGACUGUGCUGUCUCUGUUUGACAUUGACGGCGUCAUGUCCUUUCAACGCCGAGUUGACCGAGGAGCGGAUGCGGCAAGGUUUGCAGAGCAAGUGCGCCAAGUUGUCUCGGCUGGAAGCAGUAGCCGAGGUGUGCAGCGGCCCACCCAAACGUCGCAAGAAGCAACAUCGUCGCUCCCUCCGUCAACCCAACCGGCACCUGCUGACGUGUCCACACUGUCUGCCGAUCUCCGUGAGUGGCUGCAAUCCGCUGACCUCCUGGCCAAAGUUGGGCCCGCCCUCAUUGGUGUUGGGGUGGAGAAAAUGGACGACCUUGGCCGAGCAAUGCGGUUGAUGGGGGAUGACUUCAAGGCAGAAAUGAAGGCUGCUGGUGCCAAGCCGUUUCACGUUGCCUGUCUUCUUGAAGCCUUUGAAGCGGAGCAAUGAGGCUCUUGCUCGUGCAUGGUUUAGUGGCGUUUGUUGCUGUUCCUUUUGCUCGCAAGCUUGCAUGUUCAUCACGAUGCUGCCUUGCUUGCUUGCCCUCGUGUUGCGAUCAGAUCAUUGUG